AUCCACUACCAGAUCCUGAUGUGGUGAAACCAAAGAAUCAAAAAACCAAUCGUGUUAAACGAAAGGAUGUAAGUGUGUCAUAUGUACCAACAUCAACAUCGUUUAUUUCAAACGAUGAUACGUCAGGUGUUCCACUUAGGAAGAGAGUCGUCCAUCUAAUUGCCGCCACCGAAGUAGACAAUGAUCUAUUAAACAUUGAUCAAAUUGUAAAAAAAGUUAAAGACAGUAAAGAAAAUGUUCAAAAAGUAUUAAAUGAGGGGACUUGGAAGCUUACGGAUGAGGCCUGGUUGACACUCGAACCGUACACUUGGUUUAGUUAUGGGCAAAGGAUGGUUAGUGGCGUUGUUCAAAAAAUGAACGAAGUUGCUGAUCGAUUAGGUUUACCUCAAGAAUCACCUCAACGACCUCGCCAACCAAAGCAUAACCAUUCUUCAAAUAUUGAUGGAGAGUCUAGAAAACGUAUCAAGAUUGCGUCAGGAUUAUAUUCAGAAAUUCAGCAAAACAAUGAUAUUCCGCUUUCUGGACCUUUUAGGGGUACCAAAUCUACACGAGGGAAAGUUCCAAAGAAACAGGCCGCUAAAACUUUGUCUAACUUACAGAAACAUGAGGAUGAUAUAGAACACGAUUCUAAAAAUAUUCUAUCAAGUCGUAGUGCCAAACCUAAUCGAAAUCGCAGUAAGAAGACAACUACAAUUUCAAAUUCUUCCAUAACAGCUGAACCAGUUACAAAUCAUGCAAAUCAAACGACCGCUAAAGGCAGGAGAGGAAGACCAGCAGGCUCAAAAACUGCUCGUGUUAAGGCAUCUUCGAAAAGCACAAUUGCGGCAUCAAACGUUGCACCAUCUAAGCAGGAAACAAUUGAGUCCAAUGGUCUUCCGUCAAUAAAUGGCGUUAACAACAAUGAAACCAAACAAAGUCAAUACCGAGUCAAUACUUUAUCGGAAUUUCGUGAACUCAUUGAUGAGUUUAAAGCUAAGCAAGAUGAAUAUAAUGAGCUAGAUGAGAAGCUACAAAGUUGGCUCUCAUUAUAUAACGAAUUAGAUCUUAACCUUCGCAGUGCUAGACAAUCCCGUGAAAAACCUAUUAUAAAUAGAAUUAUGGAAAAGUUUGGUAGUGGAAGUGAAAUUUUCGCUCUAGUCGAGCAGUUUAAUGCUAUUGAGGAAGAGUUGUGCCAAAUUUCAACUGAAGCUUGGCGGGCAGCAAAAGAAGGUAUCUUGGAUGAAUAA